AUGGGUCGUCGUUGGAUGUACAUCGAUGAUAGAACUACACGUGAGUACUUAGAUGGGGUUGAGGAGUUCUGUAGAAUUGCCACAAGACACAUACAAAGUACAAAUGUGAAGACAAUUUUUUGCCCUUGUCGUGAUUGCAAGAAUGUGUUGAGAUAUGCUGAUAUUAAGAAGAUAGAGAACCAUUUGGUUAUUCGCGGGUUUAUGCCAGAUUAUAACAUUUGGUACUGGCAUGGUGAGAAACUACCUGUAGAUCGUUCGUCACAGGAGGAUGUCUUGGAGGAGGACACAUGGCCUCUUACUUUUGAAAAUAAUAAUAGUGAUAGCGAUGAAAGUGUUGAGGAAGAUCGCAUUAGUGAGAUGAUGGACGAGUUAGGUGAUCAUGUGCACGAAGGAUCUCGUAUGGAUGAGAAUGUCAGCAAAGCUGCUGAGACACCGUUAUAUCCUGACGGGAAUGACAUUCCCAAGUCUACCUACUAUGCCAAAAAACUGAUGUGUCCACUAGGUUUAGAGUACAUCAAGAUACACGCAUGUCCUAAUGAUUGUGUGCUUUAUCGGAAGGAGUAUGAAAAUCUUGAUGCUUGUCCAAAGUGCGGCGUAUCGCGCUACAAGCGUAAGGGUUCAAACCCCAAUCGCAAGAAGUGGCCACCGGCUAAGGUGUUAAGGUAUCUUCCAAUAAUACCAAGGUUUAAGCGCCUAUUUUCAAUUAAGGAGGAGGCAAAAAACUUGGUGUGGCAUGAUGAAGGGAGGAAGAAAGAUGGGAAUAUUAGACAUCCUGCUGAUGCUUUGCAGUGGAAACAUAUUGAUGAAACCUUUCCCGAGUUUGGUAAAGAGGCUAGGAACCUAAGACUUGCAUUAAGUACAGAUGGGAUGAACCCAUAUGGCACUCUUAGUUGUCAACAUAGCACAUGGCCGGUUCUUUUGUCGAUUUAUAAUUUGCCUCCUUGGUUGUGCAUGAAGCAGAAGUACAUUAUGUUGGCUCUCCUAAUAUCUGGGCCUAAACAACCCGGUCAUGACAUAGAUGUCUACUUGGCACCCCUCAUUGAAGAUUUGAAAUUGUUGUGUGAAGAAGGUGUUCAGUCUCUUGCUUAUUGGAAACACUUGUCAGUUAGACAUUGUCCUGAUGUCAUGCACAUUGAAAAAAAUGUGUGUGAUUCAAUCAUUGGUACUUUGUUGAAUAUGCCUGAUAAAACAAAGGAUGGGCCCCAUUUUCGGAGGGAUAUGAAGCUUGCCAAUAUUCGACCAAAAUUAUGGCCCGAUGAUAAUUCCAAAACAAAAAAGUCAUGUUUACCUCAUGCUGGCUACACAUUGAGCAGAGAAGAGAAAAUGAUAUUUUAUGAGUGUUUGCAUGGGAUUAAGGUGCCUACAGGGUAUUCGUCGAAUAUUAAGCGGUUAGUUUCAAUGAAAGAUAAGAGGUUGAUCGGCAUGAAGUCCCAUGAUGGUCAUGUUAUGAUGCAAGUGAUCCUACCAAUUGCACUUCGAGGGCUUCUCCAAAAACAUGUCAGACAUACUAUUGUCAAACUUUGCCUUUUUUUCAAUGCCAUUUGCAGCAAGGUAAUUGAUCCGAAAAAACUUAAUGAUAUGCAGACUGAUGUUGUUGAAACAUUAUGCAAGUUGGAGAUGUAUUUUCCACCCUUUUUUUUGACAUAA